CGACGGGUUGCAAGGCCAGUCAAUGAUGGAUCACUGUAAGAGGUCCCGUUCUGAGGGACUAUCCGAAAAUUUCUCAUCUCGCUAUCACCGACAACGGAGAUGGAAGCUGGUGAUACGGAUAAUCAGGACUGCUCUCAAUGACACGGCCUGAAAGUGCUUAGCUGCAUGAGGAGCUUUGCGCUCUUAUCCUAGAACUCGUACCUAGCUGUGAUCUUGUGCCUGGGCUCUAAUGGGUUGCCGGUUGCCGCUCUGCGGGGACACUGUCCAUGCUCAAGCUUUGCCUAUACUAUGCGCGUAUAGCUACACCCCCUCACGGAUUCCGUCCUGCUACAUAUAGCUGUGAUCGAACCCCCUCUUGCCUUCAUUUCCCUUUAUUUCUUUUCUUUUCAUCGCACUCGUUGACCAUCUUCAUCCGUGCUGUUUGGUUUCCAAAUCACAUCCCUUAACAAUGGUAUUAGAUCGUUUGAAGCAGCUAUCCCUCCAAGUGGACGGGACAUCUCCCAUUCCACAUCCCUUAGACCCUCUCACUACGGUGGAAAUUGAUGCUGCUGUGGCAAUCAUUCGUGCUGAACAUGGCUCCGUCAGGUUCAACGCGAUUACGCUGUGGGAGCCACGGAAAGCGGAAAUGAUGGCCUGGCUGGCCGAUCCAAACAAUGCCCCUCGUCCGCAUCGAAUGGCUGAUGCCGUUGUCAUUGCUCCCGGUGGCAAAAUCUACGAUGGAGUCGUGGACCUGACAGAGAAGAAGGUCGUACAGUGGAAGCACACGCCCGGAGUGCAGCCAUUGAUCACGAUGGAGGAUCUGCAAGCUGUCGAAGGUUUGAUGAGGAAAGACCCCAAGAUCAUUGAACAAUGCGAGAUCCUCGGUAUCCCAAGGGAGGAUAUGCACAAAGUCUAUUGUGAUCCCUGGACCAUUGGAUAUGAUGAACGCUUUGGAAACAACGUCCGUUUACAGCAAGCACUAAUGUACUACCGCCCAAACAUCGACGAUUGCCAAUAUGCGUUCCCACUGGACUUCUGCCCGAUCUAUAAUGCAGAGACCAAGGAGUUCAUUCACAUCGACAUUCCUCCCGUUCGGAGACCGAUCAGUAGAGCUCCUCCAAACAACUACCAUGUUGAAGCUAUUGAGAAGGAAGGCGGAUACCGCAAAGAUGUUACGCCAAUUAACAUUACACAGCCUGAAGGAGUUUCUUUCAAAGUUGACGGCAGAACCAUCAAUUGGCAAAAUUGGAAUAUCCACGUUGGUUUCAACUAUCGAGAAGGUAUUGUCUUGAAUAACAUCACAUAUAACGAUAAAGGUACAGUCCGCCCCGUCUUUUACCGACUUUCACUCGCCGAGAUGGUCGUUCCAUAUGGAAAUCCCGAACACCCACAUCAGCGCAAGCACGCGUUUGAUUUAGGCGAAUACGGCGGCGGAUACAUGACCAAUAGCUUGACUCUCGGAUGCGACUGCAAGGGCGCCAUCCAUUAUAUGGAUGCCGCUUUUGUCAACGCAGCCGGUGCAAGCACGAUUAUUAAGAACGCGAUCUGUAUCCACGAGGAAGACGCUGGAAUCCUGUUCAAGCAUACCGAUUUCCGUGAUGAUUCUGUCAUCGUGACUCGCGGCCGUAAAUUGAUCAUUUCUCAUAUUUUCACCGCGGCCAACUACGAAUACUGUGUCUACUGGAUCUUCCACCAGGACGGAACUGUCCAGCUUGAUAUCAAGCUGACCGGUAUUCUCAACACCUAUGCUAUGAACCCUAAUGAAGAUACACACGGUUGGGGAACUGAGGUGUACCCGGGCGUCAACGCUCAUAACCACCAGCACCUUUUCUGUCUCCGUGUUGAUCCUAAUAUUGACGGAUCGAACAAUACCGUCUUCCAGGUUGAUGCGGUUCGAGGCCCGGGCGAAGUCGGAGGCCUAAUUAACAAGCAUGGAAACGCAUUUUACGCAAAGAAAACGAAGUUCACGACUCCCAAGGAAGCCAUGUCAGACUAUGAUGGCUUUACCAGCCGCACGUGGGAGAUGGCUAACACGAAUAAAUUGAACCCCUUCAGCAAGAAGCCUGUCAGCUAUAAGCUCGUGAGCAGAGAAGUCCCGCCUCUGCUUCCUAAGGAAGGAGGACUGGUUUGGAAACGUGCAGGGUUUGCCAGACAUGCCGUUCAUGUUACCAAAUACCGCGACGACCAAAUCCACCCAGCAGGCCGACACGUUCCUCAAACAUCAGGCGAACCUUCUCACGGCCUUCCAAUGUGGAUAUCCGAAACCGAAAACGAAUCCAUUGAGAAUACUGAUAUCGUUCUCUGGCAUACGUUCGGCAUCACGCACUUCCCCUCUCCCGAAGACUUCCCAAUCAUGCCUGCUGAGCCUAUGACCUUAUUGCUCCGUCCCAGAAACUUCUUUGACAGGAACCCGGUGCUUGAUGUCCCACCAAGCUACGCCCGGACUCCGAGCCAGGUGCUCAAAGCGGUUAACGGGUGCGGGGGAAAGUGUGGAGAUGGGUCGAGCCGGGCGGUGUAGGCUGAAUCGACGGAAAUUGACCUCAAUCUCUUUUUUGGCUUGCUGAAAUGUCUAAUGAUUAAUCUAUGACUGUAUAUAUGUGUGUUUUGGAUGAGAUUUACAUUGGUUAAUGAAUUGAUAAUGCAUCCAGUAUGA